AAUAUGAUAUAAAAUGAUCCAUUGUCCAGGCACAGGUGGAGCUGGCGAACUCCAUCGUCUGCUCAGCCUAUCGUUUUAGCCAUUGAGUCUAUUCCAAAAUGCGUGUCACACUUGCUGCUGUGCUCCUGUCUGUUUUGGUGGGCGAAAGCCAGGCAGGGUGGAAGGUAGGCGAGCCCGUCCUCACGACCAGUGGACUAGCCGUUGGGCGCGCCUCUUCGAAGCGGAGUGGCGUUUCUGAAUAUCUUGGAAUUCCAUUUGCCUUGCCUCCGACAGGAGAACAACGAUGGGCUCCGCCGAAGCAACUGAACAGCUCCGAUGGGAAAGUAAUCAAUGCAACCAAAUAUGGCCCUUCCUGUGCCGAGUCGGCGUCGCUCCCUUAUCGACUGAAUCCGAGCUCGCCACCACCUGCAAACAUUGGAGCAGCCGAGAAUGAGCAGGAUGAGGACUGCCUCUAUCUCAAUAUUUGGACGAAGCCACAAACGGGAGAGAAAAAGAAGGCGGUGAUGAUCUGGAUCUACGGUGGUGCCUUUCUCGUUGGAAGUGCAGCCAAUGCUGUUUACAAUGGCGCUUCGUUGGCAGACGAUGAAGACGUUGUUCUCGUGUCACUGAACUAUCGCCUUGGUGUCCUUGGAUUCCCCGGAGUGAAUAUUCCAGAAAAGAACCUGGGAUUGCUAGAUCAGCGAGCUGGCGUCGAGUGGAUCAGAGACAAUAUCGGACAAUUCGGUGGCGAUCCUAAUCGUAUGAUCCUGUUCGGGCAAUCUGCGGGAGGCGCAUCGGUCGACUUCUUCUCGUACGCGUGGACGGAAGAUCCCAUCAUUUCUGGCUUUAUCCCACAGUCUGGCUCUGCAUCUAUUAUACGGACUGAUAUCACGACCAACAACAGUCUAAGCUUAUGGUCGGAUUUGUCCAAGACUCUAGGAUGUGGUGCGGUGACUUCAGAGGCUACCAUCGCAAACGCCCUCCCGUGUAUGCGGGCAGCCCCUGCAGAGGCGGUGUUGAAUGCAACCGCUCCAAAUUCCUCAGGAUCGACGAUUGGAACCUGGGGUCCAAUGAUUGAUGGUAAGACGGUGUUUGCGGAUCUCGAGGCGCGGUCUGCGGACGGAAGAUUCGUCAAAGCGCCGAUGCUUGUGGGAAACACGAAUAAUGAAGGAGCUACCUCUGGCACCGUGGUUGGCAGCCUCCAAGCUCGCCUGAGCAAUUGUGCAUCUGCAGAGGCAGCGCAAAUUCGACGGGAUGCUGACGUCCCUGCAUGGAGAUACGUGUAUUCCGGAGAAUUCCCCAAUCAAAUUAUCGGUCAAAACAUAACCGGCGCGUGGCACGGCGCAGAGAUCGCUUUGAUCUUCGGGAACACCGGUGUUAGAGGCCCAGAUACCGAGAUCGAGAAGAAAUUGAUCAAGAAAAUCCAAUCUGCGUGGAGCGGAUUCGCGAAAGACCCGAAACAUGGCUUAAGCCAGCUGGGAUGGCCACUUUACAACGCACAGGGGGAGACCGUCGUCGUUAUUGGCGGAAAGGACUCGGACGAGAUCACAUUCGAAUCGCCGUCCGUGACUGACGGGAACGCGUGCAACACCCCUCCGAGUGUUUGAUAUUCGUCAUAUCGGGCCGGAGGGCGUCAGUGUCAAUGUCUGUACUCCGUACAGCUCCUUGGAUUUCCGCGAAAGGGCAAUCCUGCGUAUUCAAGCCAUUGUUGCGAAUGGCCAUUUUGUAGUAAAUACUGAUGUUAUCAAUUCGAUACGAUAUGUCGUUUUCGAAUAAGUAGGCCGGGUUUGUGUGUCUUGAAAAGUCCUAUUCUGGGCCUACGAGUAUGGAUGAAUAU